AUGGAUGAUACUAGAAAGAUAUCAAGACCUGAGUAUACUACUUAUCUAUUUUCUGCAAUCAAUUCUGACAAUGAAUCAGAAUCACCUUAUCAAUUAUUGAUGGGACAUUUGUGA